AUCAAGACACCAGGACAAUGAUCGGGGUCGCAUUUUAUCUUGAACGUCAACAAUGAUGUAGGUAGGGAGCUUGGGAGGAUGAACUCGUGGCUCAAAUACCUGUGGGAAACAAGGCCGACAUCUUUUAUAGUUUCGGGAAUCGUCACAUCAGCUGUUGCCUAUGGAAUCUACAAAUUAAUCAUAUUCUUUCAAGAAUCAGAAUGCAAGCCCGAUGAAUACUUCCGACACGUUCAAAACGUAACUCGUUCGGAGCGUCCGAGGACACGAGUACUUGUGGUCGGACUGGAUGGGAGCGGGAAAACCGCAUUUGUGGAGUGUCUAAGUAAGGGAAAGGAAAAGAAUGAAAUGCCGCGACCAACUGUCGGCUUCAACGUCAAGUCUGUCACCAUAGGGGACGUCAUGUUCGAUAUCUGGGAUGUUGGUGGAUCAGAAAUGUGUAGAACUUAUUGGAAGGAAUUUGUAAAAGGGAUCCAUGUAAUAGUUUGGGUGGUGGAUUCAACGGCAAGCAAGGCGAGGUUAGAAGAGAAUGCUGACGAACUGAAAAGGUUUCUGAGUUUGGAGGCCGCUAAUAACAUUCCAAUUCUGUUUAUUGCAAGUAAACAGGAUCGAGAAAAUGCCCUUCCUCCAGAUGAAGUGAUGCGACAGAUACAAGCACAAGAAAGUAUUGGUAGAAACCGGAAGUGCGCCGUUGUUGGAACCGAGGUUGUCCCAGGUGGAGGACGGAAGGGGAUAUGGGAUUCGUAUAAGCAGCUUGUUUAUUUAACCUCAUAGCAUCAUAGGGAAUUGUUUUUAUUUUGACAAAAUAACUCAUUUUUAUUAAUUAUAAAAUAUAUUUU